CUGACGUUGAAACUGACGUUUCAAAUUCGCUUCCCGUUUUUGCGGACUCCGGUUGUGAAGCUAUCGAAAAAUAUUGUUUGUUUAACAGAAAAACGAUAAAAUUUGUAUUCUUAUCGUACUGUACGUUUACAAUUUACUACGGCGACAUUUAUGGCGGUUUAAUACCGGCCGCUUUCUGCUAGAUCUUGUGUUUUGAAGCAGUUAUGUGAUUCAAAUUAUGUUUCGUUAUUAUAAGAUCAUAUUUCGGAUUUCCAAUAGCUAUUUCUUUGAUUGUUUCGUGAGAAACGAGGUGUCGUGUUCGUGUUUUACCGGAUAGUCGUCGCUACGUGCUUGAAACGAGAUGAUGAUGGACGCCUGUUGUUCCCGCUUCACGGCUGCAGAGGGCGGGGCCCGACUCGCCGCCGCAGCCUCAACCAAGAACAUCCUCGCCGUGGAGUACGCUAGCUUCAUUCCGGUCCGAUUACUCUACGAAAAAGCCCACCAGAUCCGCGGAUCUCUCUUUGAAGGCAGUAAGCGCUCCAUAUACAUAACGCGAGCCUCCCGGGUACAAGUGGUAGCCUUCGAGCUGAAGAUUCUGACAGACCUGGGUACAGUAGCGGCGCAGACUUACGACGAUGUCUUUGAUUGGAUGGCUGAGUUGGAAACUAAGGAGGUGGUCAUAUGUACUUCAACGGUUCUGAAACGAAUAUUACAAGAGGAAUUAUUAUCCAUGUCUAACAUAAAUGUUUUUAUAGUGGACAGUUGCCAUCUUAUAUACAAGGAUGAAGAUUUGAAAUAUAUUAUGCGUAUAUAUAAGGAAUGUCCGCAAAAUAAUCGACCCAUAAUCUUAGCAUUAACAUAUCCACUAUUCAACUCAAAAAAAGACACGGAAGACAAGAAAGAGACAGAACAUAACGAGAAAGAGAAAGAAGACACAAUUUCUAUAAAAGAGAAAGAGACAGCAGAUGAUUUAACAACUCCGUCUUCGGAUGGUGCGAGCGAGACAGGGCGUCGUGUUUUCGAACGUGCGAAAGGGACGGAGGUAGAGGAGAUUGGUGUUUACAAGAAUUUGGAUGAUUUUGAUAUGUAUGAGAAGUUGGAGUGGAAGAUUGAAGAGUUGGAAAAAGAGUUGUGCUGUCAAAUGGAUCUGGCUGAAGAUAUUGAUGGUGGAAAAAGAAUGUCAGCAUCAGUAAGCAAACCUCGCGAGCUAAUAAUAGAAUACGAUGGUAAACGGACAGACGAACAAUUGUCCGAUAUAUAUAAAGAUCUGGACAAAUACAUGAGGGAUACAGUGCAAGACGCUUUGGACUUCAUUGAGGACCAUAGACACGACCCCACGGAAAUUUAUGGCGAAGAGUUGUAUGAUGAGUUCAUGAGCAUUCCAGACCCCACGAUUGACCCCAAAAUGGUGUUUAAGAAGUUUUUAUACGUUUUGGAGCAGUUAGGACCCUACGCAGCGGACAAAGCAGCGUUCUGCCUUCUAAAUAAAUUAGAGAAAUUAAAAAUAAAAAUUCCAUAUGAAAGGCAUUUUAUACUAAUGUGUCUUUGUACUACAGUUUUUAUUAAAAUACGAUGUUAUGCCGAAUUAGUAUUUAAUACGAUAGAGGACGAAUGGACGAGAAUCAAGACAUUUUCGACGCCGAAAAUAUUGCGAUUCGUCGAAAUUUUGGAAAAAUUCAAACCACCCGACACUAAAAAUCCCGCAACUAUCCGCCCGGAUUCUGAUAGUUGUCCGACUAUCCGCCCGGAUUGUGAUAGUCGGGAUACUAAAGAAGAGACGGAUAGUCCAUGUGAUAUACCGAAAAGUAAAGAGGAUAACGUCAAAAAAAUGCUCAAAGACAUCGAAGGAUGCGAUUUUAAUACUCUAGGCAAUAAAAUACAAGACAAAGUCCACAUAUACGAAACUAACUUAAAAGAAAUAACCGAAAUCAAGACGGAUAGUGAAGAAAAAUACGACACAUCGCCGGAUAGUCCGAAGACCGAAUCGAAUAAAGAAUCAGACGAUCCGAAAUCUGACUAUCCCGAUGACAAGCCGGAUAGUCAAGCGGAUAGUCAAGCGGAUAGUCAGCCGGAUACUAAAAUCGGUAUGGAUAGUAAAGGGAAUGAGUUUUUAUUUCAACAAAGAGGACUAUUAGGGUUUACAAGGAGAGCUGGGAAUAGGCUUAGGGGUAAAUCUAGAAUGCAAAGGAAUAAUGCGGCUCGAGCUCUUCAGAUGCAGCAAAAUCCUGACGCUCUAUGCGGCAUUGUCUUCAUGAAGGAACCACUGAUAGCGAAGAUCAUGUUCAUGGUUAUCGUGGACAUGGCCCGCUGUAACCCUAGUCUGAGUUACGUGUGCGUGCAGUUCUGUGCGACGGAAAGUCCGGCAGAUCCGGAGACUGAGCCCCGCGAGUGUCUGAGACAGGGGAAGAAACAGGAAGAGGUUCUAAAGAAGUUCCGAAUGCACGAAUGUAAUCUGCUACUGGCUACGUCAGCUUUGGAAGAGGGCAUUGACCUUCCCCGCUGUAAUCUCGUCUUGAGAUGGGAUGUGCCGCCUUCGUACCGAUCAUACGGGCUGUGCCGCGGUCGUGCUCGCGCCCCCAGGUCCGCGGCAGCCCUACUCUGCAGUGACAGCCCUGAUACCACCGACAUGUUACUAAACAACGUCGCCACGUACAGAGAAUUGGAUCAGAUCAUUAGCCGGAAAUGUGGUUGUGGCAUUCAAGAUGAACCACCCCAAUCCGAAGAAGACCAUGCAGACGCCUUCACCAAUUUUGUCAAACCAUAUUCACCUAACGAUAACAAAAAACCAGAAGAAAAUACACCGAAAGUUAGUGAUACAGUGGCAACGAAUGACGUGGACGCCAAUGACACUGCGGCAAUGAAUGACACAGACGCUUUAGAGAAGAAAGUCACUAUGCCAAUGAAUGACAUGAUACCAAUUGAAAUGAAUGACACAUUGCCAAUGAAUGACGCGGUCGCAACAGAAGUCAAUGACAAAAAUAUAUGUGAAAAUAAUGUUAGUAUAAAACAAAUUGAUGUAAACAAUGAUAUAGUGGAAUUGAAUGAUAAGUUCGGUGAUUUGUUAAAAAUCGACGGUGAAAAAGAAAUCGGUGAUUAUAAAGAUGGCGUUUUAUCUAAACUUGGUGAUGUAGAUAAAGAAUUGACAUCGCAAAAUAAUGAAACUGGUGAAAUUGAAUUGAAAACUGAAAUUAAAAACGAAAACGAUAGAAAAAACGCCGAGAAUAACGUUAAAAAAGAUGAAAACCGGCUAAAAGAUAAAGAUAAAUCGUCAAAAGAUAAAAAAGAAACAACAAAAGAUACGUUAUCCAAAGGCUAUUGUAAUAAGUGCUUUAAUACCAUUUUGAAUGGCGUAUGCUUGUGUUCAAAUGUUAAUUUGUACUACCAGUUGUUGAAUAAGGCGAGUUUCGCCAACCGUGGCGAUUAUAAAAAGCCUCAAAACGAAGCUGAUUCUUUCGCCAGUGUUGAUUUGAGUACGGCUAUUGCUUUGAUUAAUAGGUACUGCGGCAAGCUACCUUCAGACACCUUUACUCGUCUCGCUCCCCAAUGGUGGAUGGAGGAGGUGGCUUUACCGGUCAAGGGAACGGGGCAGGUCAAGCCAGCGUACAUAUGCACCCUGAGACUACCUCUGAACUGUCCCGUCAAAUACAAUAUCGUUGGUCAUCCAAUGUCGACGAAGGUCUUAGCUCGCCGAAUGGUCGCCCUACAAGCUUGCAGGAUACUCCACAAGUCUGGCGAGCUAGAUAACCAACUCAUGCCUAUAGGUAAAGAAAACUUCAGAGCUGUGGAAUUAGAAGGGGUGAACACUAUCGGUACUUGCGCGGGUAAUGAACCCGCUGACGCGCACGAUUCUGCCCGCCCCGGCACCACGAAACGAAGACAGUAUUAUUAUAAACGGACGGCCUGGGCGUUCACGGACUGCCAGCCGGUAAUAGACUCGACGGACGCUGAAAUAUAUCCGGAUGUCGACCCGGAUACUUUGGAUAUAGACAGCGACGUCGAAGCUCCUAAUCCGAGCGAUGAUGAGAAAGUGUCUUCGAAGCAUAAGGAACCGAAGAAGGACACUGGUAAACGGAAUAUGUUGUACGCAAUAGUAUCGAAGCUAUGGUGUGCACUUCCCGAACGUUAUAACACUCGGGGCCGAAGGUUGCAUGCCCCUCAGCUGGCUAGCCAAGCAAUUGGAAUACUCAUGGCGAGACAGGAGCCUGACAGCUUACAGAUACCAGCGUUCCCUGUUUAUACGAGGUCCGGUGAGGUCCGAGUGUCAGUGGAACACGUCCCUGGGGCUGACGUCAGGAUUUCACCACGUCGAGCCAAGCUGAUUCGAAGGUUCAUGCGGUUUGUCUUUGCUGAAGUUCUACGCGUACGUAGGCGUGGUAUGAAGCUGCAGAGCGAGGGAUCCACGCACAACAACUACUAUAUCGUGCCUACACUUAAAACGGUAUCAGAGGACGGUACGCACAAGAUAGACAUAGACUGGGACUUCCUAGAACUCAUUUAUCAGCACACGGAAGAAAAGAAAGCGAGUGAUUUAGAAAAACCUGUGCUAUGGCAGGAAAUGCCUGAUGAGGAGAAAGUGGAAAAGGAUUCCAAUAGACGCAGAAGAGGUAAGAAGAGAAUGGCGAAUCCCCUUCUGAAACAGGGCGAUACGUUCGUCUUCGAUGCGGAGAAAUACAAGGAAGCUGUCGUCACGCCCUGGUAUAGGAACCAGGAUCAACCCCAGUUCUUCCUGGUAGCGGAAAUAUGUUGGAACCUGACCCCUGAUUCCUCAUUCCCGUCGGCGACGCACCAAAGCUUCAGUGAUUACUACAGCACCAAGUACGGAGUGACGCUGACUCAGAGGGACCAGCCUCUCUUAGACGUCGACCAUACUUCGGCCAGACUCAAUCUUCUAACACCUAGAUACGUCAAUCGUAAAGGCGUAGCACUCCCUGUCUCAUCGGAGAGGACUCGGCGCGCCAAGAGGGACCGUCUCGACCAGAAACAGAUCCUGAUUCCUGAACUCUGCCGGGUCCAUCCCUUCGCCGCCCCCCUUUGGUUCGCCACCGUCGCUCUUCCAUGUGUUCUUUACAGGAUAAACGCCCUACUGAUCGCGGAUGAGAUUCGACGGGCGGUCGCGAUAGAUGUAGGUCUAGGCAUUCCCAAGAUCAACGAACAGACAAUGCCCGGAUUCCAAUGGCCCGCGCUAGACUUUGGCUGGAGUUUGGCAGAGGUAUUAAGCGCAGAUUCAGAGAAGAUCGACAAGAAGAAGGACGAAGAAGAAUCAAAGAAGGAAUUAAAAGAAAUUAAAGAUAAUGAAAGCAGUGAGAAGGAGAAGACAGAAGCAGAAGGUUCACAGAAGAGCACAGAUGAAGACAAACCUCUAGAAGAUGGAACGCCUGUAGAGAAGACAAUUAAUGAUAUAUUGCAAGAGAAAGAAGAUGCAGAGGCUGAUGCUGCGUUUGAAAUAGGCACAUGGAGUAACGACAUGGCCUCCUCGAUCCCCGAGACCUCGGAGUACGACGAGCUGAUGGAACCUCUUCCCCCCAACCUUACUUUCUGUACCUCCGCUUCGGGAGGUUCGAAUUGGUGCGACCCUAUAGGCAAGCCGAAGUACAACCAGUAUGGCGGCUCGAAGAAUUUCUCAAUGGCUGACAGCGAUGAUUCUUUCAUGUCUAGUGACCUUGAUUCUGACGAUACGGAUCUAGAUUACGAGGGUAGCGAUGAAGAUGCUGACGCGAAUGGAUUCUGCAGCAGCAGGAAUGCUAACACGACAAUGGGCGUCCGUAUCGAGUAUAAGACAGCUCAUGAAGCCGAGGCAUUCGAUAUAGAACGAACGAAGAAGAUCAACCCUGCGCCCAUGCCUGAUGAGGAAGACGAUGCCAGGGAUAGAGCGCAGCAUGAUGAACUAAUACGCCAGGGUAGCGCUCCUGAAGAGUACAUACAAAAAUUCCGUUCAGCCGUCUCCCAGCAUAAGCAAGACAUCAUAGACAAACAUCAACUAAUAACCAAAGAGGAUGACAUAACAGAAAUCCUACCGGAAACAAAAGAAACCUACCACAGCUCUAUAAUCUGCAAUAAAACAGAGAGACAAGCCAUAGACGAACUAUUCCCCUUCGGCACAGAGGAAUUAGAAAUUAAAAACGGACAGAUCGACAUAGAGAGUAUUGAACGAAACAAACGGGUGUUGCUAGAGCGAAUAAAGAAAAAUCUACCAAACUACCAAGUGAACAAAUUGAAUUGUUUCUCAAUGAAGGAUAUUAAUAUUGAUUCGAAAGAUUAUGUUAAUGAGAAACUUGUUAAUGUUGGUUUUGAUACCAAAGACGGGUAUCAGAGUGUUUCUAAGGGGGAUGGGGAGUUCGUGCCUUAUUACACGGAUGGGAGGGGGGGCAAGGACUUCGAUUUUGACUUCCAACCCGUGCUAGAAGGUCACCCUGGACCGAGUCCUAGUGUUAUUUUGCAAGCACUUACAAUGUCUAACGCAAACGAUGGGAUAAAUUUGGAAAGACUCGAGACGAUCGGCGACAGUUUUCUGAAGUUCGCUAUAACAGCUUAUUUAUACUGUGCGCACCCUACCGUACACGAGGGGAAACUUAGUCAUAUGCGGAGUAAGCAGGUAUCAAAUCUGAACCUCUACCGUUUGGGACGCAAUAAAAGACUGGGCGCUCGUAUGAUUGCUUCCAAAUUCGAACCACACGACAAUUGGUUACCCCCGUGUCACAAACCACCCCCUACAUUACAUCCCAGAUUGAAUGGUGAGGGUAAAGAUAUGAUGCAGCAUUUGGAAACUCCUCUAGACGCCGCUGGUUGCUUCAUACCGUAUAACCUGAUAACCCAGCAUAGUAUACCUGAUAAGUCAAUAGCGGAUUGCGUGGAAGCCUUAAUAGGGGCUUAUCUCCUUGAGUGCGGGCCUCGUGGAGCCCUGCUGUUCAUGUCCUGGCUAGGAAUCAGGGUGCUACCGUGUCACCAUAUAGAACUGGACGAAAACCACCCUUAUGUCAAGCGAGCUAAGAAAGUGGAGAAAGAAAAUCAGGAGAAAACAGCCCCCUCAAAAGCAGACCUCAAGCGCAGUUCCUCAACAUCCUCCUGUUCUGAUGAUGAGAGCCCUCCUCAUCAGGAAGUAUUCCCAGAGGAGGACUGGUCGUGGCCCUCCAGAGCUGUGGGAUCGUUGCAACCGUAUAGAGACGCGCAGGGGAAAUGGAUGCAGCCGAUAUUUGGUGAGUUGAGGGCGCCACCGUCGCCUUUGCUCCGAUACAUCGAAGACCCUGAAGGGGAAUUGGAGCAGAUGCUGUCAGGUUACGACGCCCUUGAAAGGACCCUGCAGUACAGAUUCAAAGAUCGCUCUCUAUUACUUCAAGCUUUAACCCACGCCUCACAUCACAGUAAUCGACUUACGGACUGUUAUCAACGACUGGAGUUCCUGGGAGACGCCAUUUUAGGUAUGUCUCUGGGCGCUGUAUGGAAAUCGUACGUAAACUUGAUGGGCGCUGAGCUCGAGGCUUUCAGUGCGGCGGCGCCCAAGUCUCCCGUUCGUGAACUGCUCGAAGCUGAACCCGAUACCGCUAAAUUCGGUAAACCGGAGCGCUUGGCCGACGGACGUCGAGUACGCGUAUGCGUCGAGGUCUUCGGUCGCGGUACAUUUAAAGGUGUCGGAAGGAACUAUAGGAUAGCUAAAGGCACCGCCGCUCGAUGCGCACUCCGACAUCUAAAGGUCCACAGAACUCGCUAGUUAAGCAGCUCAGUUAAUAAGGUAAAAUCUAUACUAAUUCCACCAGACCCAGCCACGCGUCGCUGUGGCUAAGAUUC